GCACAUGCUGUGUCUCUCUCUCUCUCUCUCUCUCCCUCUCUCUCGCUCUCUCUGUACUGUAUAAGUACAGAUCUGUGAUGGAGACCCCCAUCACACCGCAGUUGACUUUUACUCAGUGGAGAUGAGCGCUCGGAUAGCGAAAUCCAACCCGGCCAUGAAGCUGAUAGUGCUCUUCACAGCUUCUCUGUCAUGGGCCUUCCAGCAGCAGGCCGUGCCUCCAAAGUACCAGUACCGCGACCCCGUGACAUCUGACCUCCUUCUGUGUGACCAGUGCCCUCCUGGCACAGCCGUGAAACGACACUGCACCGCUGACACACCCACAGAGUGCCAGCCCUGUCCCGAGAGACAUUUUGCUGAGAGCUGGCACUGGGGAGACACGUGCCAAUACUGCACGCCGGUGUGUAAGGAGAGGCAGCUAGUGAAGCAGCAGUGCAACAGCACUCAUGACCAGCUGUGUGAGUGCGCUCCAGGUUUCCACCUAGUGGUGGAGUUCUGCAUCACACACAGUUCCUGUCCACCUGGCUACGGAGUGACAGCUUUAGGUACACCAAUGAGUGACACUGUUUGUGAGCUUUGUCCCGCUGGUCAUUUCUCCACUGCCAUCUCGUCCACUGAGCCAUGUCAGCCCCACAAAAACUGCUCAGAUUUGGGCCUGAAGACGCUGAGAUGGGGCACGUCCACCUCAGACAGCCUCUGUGGCAGUCAGACGCCUACUCUGGAGUGCUCUCAGCAUCACACUUUGUGCGACACUGACGUGACUCUGUGUGAGGAGGCAGUCUUUCAGUCUCUAGCCUCCCUGCGACUGUCCUCGGUGCCCCUGGAGCGGCUGCUGGAGAGUCUUCCGGGGCGGAGGGUGGAUCGUAAGAGCCUGGAGAGGCUGAAGAAGGCCUGCUCUCCUCAGCAGCAGGUCCUCCACCUGCUGCGACUGUGGAGGGAGCAGAACAAAGACCAGGACAAGCUGUAUGGAAUCAUACAAGGUGUGAACCACUGUGAGAGGAAGGUCUCCCGAUGUAACAGCCUGAAGAACCUGACCCUCGAAGACCUCCUGAAGGUCACCAACAGCCUGCCAGGGGUGAAAGUUCAGCUGGAGGACGUCCAGGCCGUGGUCUCUACCUGCAUGCCCAGGCAGUACCUCCUGCAGCUUCUUCACCUCUGGAAGACAGCAAACUACGACCUGGACCUAGCCAAAGGUCUGUCUCACAGUCUACGGGUGCUGCGCAGCCAGGGAGCACCGCGCUACCUGCUGAAAGGCCUGAAGAAGAUCAGCCGCAUCAUAGGAACCACCUCCGCGCACAAAGUGUAUGAGAAGAUGUUUGUCAGUAUGCUUCAGGAUGAGCUGUGUUUUAAGGCUCAUAAGCCUUUAAAUGAAUAAAGAAAAGGGAGGUACAAACAGGAACAGAUCCAAUCUGAAGGGUAAACAGACACUAAUGCAUUGUCAAAUAGUGAACACACAAACACAACGAGGCACACACACAGCGGGGAUAAACGUAUGUGAAAGAAUAACAGACAUGGGUCACAUGAUAAUAUCAGGUCUUAAAGAUAUCACCAAAUGAUAUCAAGCUAUGCACAUAGUGCUUAGAGGUGUUUUGUCAUAAAGGCAAGAUGGGAAUUUACAAUCUUCCCUCCAUCUCUGAUCUUCUAUUAAAACCCUACACCAAAAUGAGGAGGUUUCAUUAUAUGAGGUAUGAGGUAACAAGGGAUGCUAAUAAUGUCACCAUGAGUGAACAGUAUCUGCCUGCAGUUAUGAAUCUAAUAAGUCUUACAAUAAAGAAAAAAAAAAAACUAUCACACAUCUGUGUAUUCCAGGCAGACAUAAACAAAAAGUUUUUAAAAAAAAUGUUUCCUG